UGAGGACGUGUGUCGGCUGAGGCCGAGUUCGGGAGGAGCGGACGGAGAUGGAGCCUGAGCCCUGAGCGUCCCUGAGAACCUGGGGGACAGAGACGCCCGAGGCUGAAAGAAAUGGAGGCUCGAAAAGAAUCUUCGAGAGACUGAGGGACCAGAGGCAGGGAGGUUGAGAGGGCAGGGAAGCUGAGAACCAGGAGAGCCAGGGCGAGGGGCUCUGGUUGCCCCCGGGGCGCUCGCCGAGGCGAGGAGAGACAUGUGAUCGCACCGCGGACUGGGAGGUGGAGGAAACGGAGGCGGAUGAGAAAUAGAAAUAGACCCGAGAGGAGGACAGGUUAGAUGGAGGAACAGGAGACCGAGGGCUGGGGAGAGACGGACAGACGCGGACCGGUGGAGACAGCGCAGUAGGGAGAAACUGCCAGAACUGCCCCCAGAGGGAUCGAGAGACGGGAGGAGCCAGCUGAGGGAGGGAGACCUGGAGAGAGAGGCAGAGACGAGAAGGAGCGAGAUGGAUGGGGAACGGGAGAGAUGAUAGGCGCACGAGGGGAGUGAUCCUCAGUGUGCAGACACGGAGAGAGAUGAAGAGACAGUGCCGUUGGAGAAAUGGAGGGAGAGCCACUAGAACCGAAAGGACGGCGUCAGGCUUAAAAACGGAGGGAUACAGCCGGACGGGGGGGAAUCAGUGAACAGUGAGAGAGAGGAGUAAAGCCUGAACCCUUAGAUUUGAGUUCCUCGCCUGCCACUUACUACCUAAUCUCUCUGUGGUUCAGUGAAAUAGUGAUAAUAGCACCUUCUUAGGGUUGUGAGAGAAGUGGAUGUGUGCGUAUAAAUGUAUAUGAGUGACUUAGAGUGGUACCUGAGACGUGAGGAAGUGUUCGCUGUUAUUAAAGCUUCCAACAAUUGGGAGGCAAAAUAUUCGAUGGAGAAGUGGAGAGAGAUGAAGAGAGCGCCAUGACGGGGGCGGAGACAGCGAUGGAGAGUGAGAACUGGGGAGACAAAGAUGGAGAGUCAGAAAAGAUGAAAACAGAAGAUGAGAAACUCAGAUGGAGAACUGAAGGGGACUGGAGUCAAGUGGAGAAAGAUAGCUGGAGAGAAAAUCAGAGUAAAGAACCGAAUCAGUGGGAGAGGAUCAGAUAAAUGAAGAGAGAGGGGACCAGACUAGGACAGGGAAGAGAGGUGAGGGUGGUGAGCAAGAUGGCCUGGAAAAGACAAGAGACUGAGACCAGAGGAUGGAGAGCUAGAGAGGAGGGAGAUAGGGAAGCACAGAAAACCUCGAAAAGCUGUCAGCCUAGGAAAGGUAGGGCAAGAGACCAAAAGGUGGUCGGAGACACAGGUAUAGAGAAACUAGCAGAUCCAGACAGUCUAAAAGGUAGCCUGAGAAUAGACUCCUUGAGAGCGGUGAGGCGUUAGGCAGCCUGCAGCCUGAGACGAGUGCUCUCCUCCAUUUUAUUGUCCCCAUCCUUUUCUGAGAAUCACUGGCCCAGUAUCACAGCGGCCUUUUAAGGCCUUUUCCUUUUCCUCCUUCCUAGACCAGGAAUUCUCUUUGAAGCCGCGGUGGCAUCACCCAGCCCAGGUGUUUACCAAGAAGUGAUGUGCCCUCCCCGCAGGUUACUGCUUCUGGGGGAAACAACUCUGGCAGUGCACAAGUUCUUCCUCAGUCGAAACCCUUAACUGGCUCUAAUAACCCCCAGGGUUGGCCUGAGGUCCCCCUGAGACCGCAGAGAUCCAGUCUCUGAACUCUGUUCCGUGAUGGCCCUUGAGAGACUGAAGGCGGAGUAGCUGACAGCAUCGCUAAUAGCAUUAUGAAGGCCAGUUGUGGCCUGUUGAGUGUAAUUUUUCUCAUGUUAUAUGCCCCCGAUUCCUCUCACUGUGUUCCUUCUGUUAGUCGUCAUGCAGAGAAAGCACUGGCUUUGAGUACUAGUUACUGUUUAGCUCCUCUGUGCCAGGCUGGGUGAUAAACAUUGCAGUAUUUUGGGAUAGGUAUGUCCCCAUCUUAGAGAUGAAGAAAACAGCCUCGAAGUUAAUUUGUGGAUGGUCACACAUCUAGUAAAUGACGAGGCUGAGAUGCAAACCCAGAUCUGCUUGACUCCAAAACCAUUACCAUGGAAAGCUCUGAACCCUUCUAAGAUCAUAAACCCGUUAAAGAAUCUGAGUGAUGGACAUCCCUCCGGAAAAUUGCACAUACGAGGGCAUGCUCUUUAUUAGUGAGAACUCACGCAGCUGAAGCAGAAAGACGUUUUCUUGUGUAGCUGGUAAGUGGAGGGCGGGAGGGAACUAGGCCUCAAGCACUAAAGGAUGUUGCCAAGCUUCUCUGCCCUCUUCCCCUUCUCUCCUCGUAAUGGCUCAGUGACCAUCCUGGUGCGUGCCUGUUUGUGCCCACGGGCAGGCUGUUCUCUAGGAUAGCUUUCUAGAAAGACUCAUCUUCAGGAGCUACUGCAAACAGCUCUGGGUUUACGUCAUCUUUGCCUAGCCACAGUAGAUAAAAGGAGAGCUCUUCUCUCCUAGUAACAGUCUAAAUUCCAGAGGAAGGUCCUGAUUGGCUUUCCCCGGGUCAUGUGUCCACUCUUCAGACCAAUCACUGAUGAAACGGGGAGAAGGGUCCCAUGAUUGGCCAGGCCUCUGUCACCUGCCCAACCAAUGAGGGUUCUCUGGCUUAAAGGCGGUCAGAACCGCGUGGAAUCCAGGAAGGGCUGCUCUCCAAAGGAAGGUGUGUCGUGUUAUCAGAAAAAGAAGAAAGGGGCGUGUCAGGCAGGCAAAAACCAUACAUAAAGAACGCAACUCUUGCAAAAUUGCACACGUAAUUUCAAAGGGUUCCUGGUGUCCUGAAGCUCAGUAGACCCCAGAUUAGAAACCCUCGCCUUACUGUUGUCGUCAUACCACACCUCUCUCGGGUUACUGCCUCCUGUGACAAGGUUCUGCUGUCGAUUGGCCAUGUGACCUGCACUCCUUCAGAGCCUGAAAACCCAGGAUGAACUUGUGUCCAUCCCAGAGAUUGCUGCAGGAGUCAUGAGGUGCCCUGUGUGUCACCAGCCUGACCCAGGCCCCUGGCCACUUACUCCGUCGUCGCCUGCGGUGGUCCUGUACCGUCAGUGAGGAGGCGGAUUGGCUCUUUGAAGGGAAAGUGGUUCCUUAUCGCAGGCUCUGAGCUCUCACUGCAGGAGGCAGGGAAUGGAUGGGAAGAUCUGGUCCAGGCGAUCAGAACCGAGGCCAGUUUUGUGACAGCACCGUGAUCAGCCACAACAUGCCUCCUCCCAGGACAAGGGAGGGCAGGGAUCCCCGAGACCGACACCGGGCUCCCAGGGAGGAGGAGGCCCCGGAGAAAUGGGACUUUAAUUGUCCAGACACCCGUCGUCUCUUCGAAGAUGCCUUCUUCCGUGAUGAGGAUUAUAUCCGCCAGGGUUCCGAGGAGUGCCAGAAGUUCUGGACCUUUUUUGAACGCUUGCAGAAAUUCCAGAAUCUCAAGACUGCCAGAAAGGAGGAGAGGGAUGCCGAGCAUCCUAAGCACAGCAUCCCAGCGCUGGCCGACCUGCCUCGCACUUACGACGCGCGGUACCGCAUCAACCUCUCCAUCCUUGGCCCUGACCCGCGGGGCUCUCGGGGGCUGGGCGGGCGCCUGCCACCAGAGAGAGUGUCCGAGUUCCGCCGAGCCCUGUUGCACUAUCUGGACUUCGGCCAGAAGCAGUCAUUCGGGCGGCUGGCCAAGCUACAGCGCGAGCGGGCAGCGCUUCCCAUCGCCCAGUAUGCGAACCGCAUCCUGCAGACGCUGAAGGAGCACCAGGUGGUGGUGGUGGCGGGUGACACGGGCUGUGGCAAGUCCACUCAGGUGCCCCAGUACCUGCUGGCUGCUGGCUUCAGUCACGUGGCGUGCACCCAGCCCCGGAGAAUCGCCUGCAUCUCCCUGGCCAAGCGUGUUGGCUUUGAGAGCCUCAGUCAGUAUGGCUCCCAGGUCGGCUACCAGAUCCGCUUUGAGAGCACGCGUUCGGCGGCCACCAAGAUUGUGUUCCUGACGGUGGGGCUGCUCCUGAGGCAGAUCCAGCGGGAGCCCAGCCUGCCCCAGUACCAGGUCCUGAUCGUGGAUGAGGUCCACGAGCGGCACCUCCACAAUGACUUCCUGCUGGGCGUCCUGCGGCGCCUGCUGCCCCAGCGGCCUGACCUCAAGGUCAUCCUCAUGUCGGCCACCAUCAACAUCUCGCUCUUCUCCAGCUACUUCGACAAGGCCCCCGUGGUGCAGGUGCCGGGAAGGCUCUUCCCCAUCACGGUCGUGUACCAGCCGCAGGAAGUGGAGCCGACAACAUCCAAGUUGGAGAAGCUGGACCCGCGGCCUUUCCUGAGGGUGCUGGAGGCCAUCGACAACAAGUACCCGCCCGAGGAGCGGGGCGACCUCCUUGUCUUCCUCAGCGGCAUGGCAGAGAUCAGCGCCGUGCUCGAGGCCGCCCAGACCUACGCCAGCCACACCCAGCGCUGGGUGGUGCUGCCACUGCACAGCGCCCUCUCUGUGGCCGACCAGGACAAGGUUUUCGAUGUAGCCCCUGCUGGAGUCCGGAAGUGCAUCCUCUCCACCAACAUCGCUGAGACUUCGGUCACCAUUGACGGGAUCCGCUUCGUAGUAGAUUCUGGGAAGGUGAAGGAGAUGAGCUACGACCCGCAGGCCAAGCUGCAACGGCUGCAGGAGUUCUGGAUCAGCCAGGCCAGUGCCGAGCAGCGCAAGGGCCGGGCGGGCCGCACGGGCCCCGGCGUCUGCUUCCGCCUCUAUGCCGAGUCGGACUACGACGCCUUCGCCCCCUACCCCGUCCCGGAGAUUCGGAGGGUCGCCCUGGACGCGCUGGUGCUGCAGAUGAAGAGCAUGAGCGUGGGGGACCCCCGAACCUUCCCCUUCAUUGAGCCCCCGCCACCAGCCAGCCUGGAAACGGCCAUCCUCUACCUCCGGGACCAGGGGGCCCUGGACAGCUCGGAGGCGCUCACGCCCAUCGGGUCCCUGCUGGCCCAGCUCCCUGUGGACGUCGUGAUUGGGAAGAUGCUGAUCCUGGGCUCCACGUUCCACCUGGCGGAGCCCGUGCUCACCAUCGCGGCCGCCCUCAGCGUCCAGUCGCCCUUCACCCGCAGCGCCCAGAGCAGCCCGGAGUGCGCGGCAGCCCGGCGGCCCCUGGAGAGCGACCAGGGCGACCCCUUCACGCUCUUCAAUGUCUUCAACGCCUGGGUGCAGGUGAAGUGUGAACAGAGCGGAAACUCGCGCAAGUGGUGCCGCCGCCGGGGUGUCGAGGAGCACCGGCUGUACGAGAUGGCCAACCUGCGGCGCCAGUUCAAGGAGCUGUUGGAGGACCACGGGCUGCUGGCCGGGGCCCAGGUCCCCACGCCAGGGGACAGCUACAGCCGCCUACGGCAGCGCCGGGAGCGCCAGGCGCUCUACCAGCUGAAGCGCCAGCACGAGGAGGGCGGGGGGCGCAGGCGCAAGGUGCUGCGGCUGCACGAGGACCAGGACGGCUCCAGCGACGAGGACCGGGGCAGUGCGGCUGCCCGGGGGGCCGGCGACAGCGUGGACAUCCAGGAUGUGAAGUUUAAGCUUCGGCACAACCUGGAGCAGCUGCAGGCGGCCGCCAGCUCGGCCGCGGCGCUGCCCCGGGACCAGACGGCGCUGCUGAAGCUGGUGCUGGCGCGGGGCCUCUACCCGCAGCUCGCCGUCCCGGACCCGUUCAACAGCGGCCGCAAGGACUCGGAUCAGAUUUUCCACACCCAGGCCAAGCAGGGCACCGUGCUGCACCCCACCUGCGUCUUCGCCAACAGCCCCGAGGUGCUGCACACACGGGAGCAGGAGGCCGGGAACGGCGAAGGGGGCCGAGACGACAAAGACAAGAUGAGCGCCAGGCACCAGCUCCUCGCCUUCGUCUCCCUGCUGGAGACCAACAAACCGUACCUCGUGAACUGCAUGCGCGUCCCCGCUCUGCAGUCGCUGCUGCUGUUCAGCCGGUCCCUGGACACCAACGGUGACUGCUCCCGCCUGGUGGCCGACGGCUGGCUGGAGCUGCAGCUGGCGGGUAGCGAGAGCGCUGUGGGGCUCCUGGCGGCCGCCCUGCGGCUCCGCGCCCGCUGGGAGAGUGUUCUGGACCGGCAGCUGGCCCAGCAGGCCCGGCGGCCGGAGGAGGACGAGGACGACGAGGCUCCCGUCAACCGUGAGGAGGUGGCGGCCCUGAGCAGGGAGCUGCUGCGGUUCACGGCAUCCAAGGUUCCCUACAGCCUCCGGCGGCUCACGGGGCUGGAAGUCCAGAACCUCUACGUGGGACCCCAGACCAUCACGGCUGCCCUCAGUCUCCCUGGCCUCUUUGGCAGCUCCACCCUGUCCCCCCACCCCACCAAAGGCGGCUACGCAGUCACUGACUUCCUCACGUACAACUGCCUCACGAGCGACGCAGACCUGUACAGCGACUGUCUGCGCACCUUCUGGACCUGCCCGCACUGUGGCCUGCACAUGCCCCUCACGCCCUUGGAGCGCAUGGCCCACGAGAACACCUGCCCGCAGGCCCCGCGGGACGGGCCCCCAGGGGCUGAGGACGCUGCCCCCGAGCCCCCGCAGAAGGCGUCUGCUCUGCAGAGGCCCUACCACUGCGAGGCCUGCCAGCAGGACUUUCUCUUCACGCCCACGGAGGUUCUGCGGCACCGGAGGCAGCAUGUGUGAGCCAGCCCUGCCGGGAGCCCGCCUGCCCCCAGUCCAGGACCAGGACUCCCACCCGAACCCGCAGCCUGGGCUCAGAACUACGGUCUGGCCCCCACCCCACGGGAAGGGGGAGGGAAUGUGGGAAUAAAGUCUCCUGUGCUGACUCGGACCGUUAAGCCUGCUCCUGCCCCUUGUUGGUCCCCCCUGGUCUAGCUCUCAUCCCUCCUGCUGCAGCGUGCCAUCCGAGGCGUCCUGGGCGGAUGUGGGGGGCUGAGGCCCAGCAGGGACUUCAGAUUCCAGGGACAGGAUGCUGACUUCCCUGGCCGCCGCUCGCUCCUCCGUCUCCUCAUGGCCUCCGCUUUCCCUCCAACCAGGGAGACUCGGCACGGGCCCGUCCACAGGGGUCCCUUUGAGAGCUGGGGGUGUCAGCGUUCGCGUGGGCCCACAGCUGCACGUCAGGGCCCAGUCACGGCAUGGUCACCGGGCCGUUCCUGCGCGGGGUCUGUGGGCCGUUCUCAGCGUCCCUCCGUUCUCCCGGCCACGCCUGCCCUACAGACACGGAAGGGACGGGGGACGCUGUGACGACUGGAUGCCCGUAAACCGCACGACUCCGCGACAUGGGAAAAUGUCUUGAAAGACGCAAACUAGCAAAGCUCACCGAGAAAUAAAUAGAUAAACUGUGUGUGUCUGUUAAGGACUUCAUAGUGACAGACACGGAGAGCAGGCUGGGCUGGUUCACUGGGGGCCUCGAGCAGACGUGGAAGGACGAAAUAACGUAGUCGACGACGGCUCACUGGCCGUGUAGAAGAGGCCGCCUCUGGAGGAGUGUUAUGAGGGCGGCAGGGCCCUAAUGCCAAAGCAGAUGAAGACGACACCACAAAGAAGAUACAGACCGGUGUCCUCUAUGGGCACAGACGCCGACAUCUUUCACAAAGGUUUAUCAACUCAUAUUCAGCAAUAUGUAAAAAGAACAGCACGUCGUAGCCAAGUGGGGUUUGUUUUAGGAAUGCAAAGUUGGUUCAGCAUUUGAAAAUCAAUCAGCGUGACUUGCCAUAUUAAACCCAGAAAGUGUACUUGGCAAAUUUCCACACCGUGUGGCCUUGGGUAAACCUCGGCACCUCUCUGCUCCACCAUUUCUUUGCUCUGACCAGUGAACACAGCUCACCUGUUUUCCCAGAGGUUUUGUCUUGCUAUGGAAACCUUGGAAAGCCCACGUGUAUAGGUAUUUUUUCCUGUGUGUGAAAGCAACGCAUGGCUGUCUCGGGCAAGGAUUAGAGCCUAUGCAGAAACCACUCCAGGUGUUUUAAACAGGAAGGGAUUUAAUCCAGGGAACUGGGUGCUUAUGAAACCGCGGGAGGCUGGAGCAGCGGGCUCUGGGCCGGGCCCUCAGGAAGGACGUCCAGGACGACAGCACAGAGCCCCCCAGCCAGGGCUGCCGCUGGGUUCAGGGACGCCCCGUCCUGGUGUGACGCUGGGGUCGCGUCUCUGGAGGGACUCUCACUGCUGAAACCUGCUCCUCAACCAGAAUCCAGCUGCAAGGGCGUUUGGGAGACGCAGCUGCUGUGAGGAGGGUGGGGGCCGGCCCAGCCCGUGUCCCCGCAGCGAGGAACAGGGAGGGAAUGAGAGGACACGGAAGCGCAGACGAGGAGGAAGAUGCCACCACCGUCCUUCACCAGCUGCUCAGGCCCCGUCACCCCUGGGCCGCGCCCUCCCAGGCCUUUCUCUCCUCGUGUUCAUACGUGUGAUUUAACUCGUCAGGGUUCCACUGUCAUUCUGUCCUCCGUGUCAUACUUUUCUGUGGCUAAUCUUGCGUAUUUCUCCAGGUCAUUAUGAAUUCUUCCAAAAUUCGAUUUUCUAAGAGCUGUGAAAUAUCCCGUUGUUGAGUGUGCCAUUUAAAUCAUUGUCGAAACCCGUUUCCUCUUCUGCCUGUGGACUGGUGCUGCUCUUUUCCCUUCCAGUAACACAAUAGGAAAUAUCUUGGCAUACA